UCAUUCGAUUGGAUGAUUCAGUGUAGGUACUACGAAUUCGGUAGGCACUUUUAAUAUAAAACAUUAUGCCAUGCAAAAACAAAUAUUUGGAAUGUUUAGAGUAAACUCGAGACAAAAUUAAAUAUCUGUGGAAACUUGUUAGCAUUUCUUUGGACAAUUAUUUAUUUUAAGUUAACCAUUUGUUUCUGCUGUUGAAGUAUUAAUUUGCUUUGUAGUGUGUGGAUUGUGUGUGGAUGGUAUUUAAUUAUAUUUUUUUAAAGAACGGAUAUGAAAGAACAGUUUUAGGUGUUUUAACGCUGCUUAUGCUGCGUAGAACUAAACGCAUUCAAUAGGCUUUGGUGCGAAAUGUACUUAUUUAACUGAAUUCCUUUAAAUUUACGUAAUUUAUCUCAAUAAUGUGUGACAAUCCAGAUACUAUGGAAUAUGGAGAGUUUCGAACUCCAGAAGAGGUCCGUAAAAUCAUAAAGACGGCCAAACUACAAGAGUCAGAGCUGACUGAAAUCACACAAGUGUUGAGAUUCCCGGAACCCGCAAAGCAAAAUAAUAACUUGAGACUCAUGUUGCUAGAUGAUGUACUGUUAAAGGAAAUAGAAGCCGGGAACGAGUUGCUUUUCAAAGGAGACCAAGACGAGAAUGUAGUUCUAUGCACAAACAAUAAGACAUACGACGUAAAAGAAGCUGAGACAUCCAAUAGCCUGCUUCUGGUACCAGAAUUACUAUUCGCAGCAUCCACAGGUCUCGACGAAACCCUCGCUAAUAACUCCAUGGAGGACUCCGACACAUCCUUUGACAAAUCCAACAGCAGUUUGAAUAAAUCCACCGAGUCCGAUGAUGGGAAACCACCAAGAAAACUAGAACACAAAGACAUUAUCAAUACAUUUUUCACUUACUACGAAGUUAAGCCUUGUAAACCAAGGUUGACAAAACUCCGAAAACUCCUAGAUCCCACCAGAUAUCAGGGACAAGAACUAGAGUAUGCGAUUGACAAGAGUAAGCUCCUAAACUACGAUGCCAUUUUUGAUAAAAUUCAAGCAUCCAAAAGAGAGUUGUUGGAGGAGUUCGAGAAAAUUCAAACGAUUGAGAUCGAUGGGUUUUACCGACUGCUAGAAUUCGAUUACGAGUUUCGAGUACUAUCUUACAUGCUAGACCUUAUUGAUGAGAAUUCCUGGUUAUUAGAUAGAAUAUCUAAGGAGGUUACUAUAGAUAGUUUGAAAGAACUUGUUCCUAUACCCAUAUUGGAGGCCAUGUUUAGGUUUUAUACUACAGAGUCGGUUCUAGAGGAUGGUGUACAGUAUUAUCAAUAUAAAGAGGAUAAAGUGUGUAAGUUCUUGGCUAGAGUGCUGCUGAAGAGUGCUGGCAAGUUUAAUUUGGUCGAGUUUUUGCAGGCGUGGAGGUAUUCCGUGCCAGAAGGAAUGAUUACGGAUGAGUCAAUGUUAUCUGGGAUAGCAUUAGUUGAUAAAACUAGCACCCCAAAAGUCGUCUGGGGUUUUGCAGAGAGUGACCUGCCUGAGGAAAUCAACGAGAGGUUCAAAAUACUAUUCCAGACUAAACCCAAGUGGUCUGUCGACCAGAUAUCACCGUAUAUUGAAUGUUACGCGACAGAAAAGUUAAAUGUAAACGCUCUCUUAACGAAGUACGCUCGGGCCUCCACUCAAGACGGCAUCAGAGUAUUCUCAGCCAAGCAUAUGAAAUAAUAUAUAUAUAUAUAAAAAACGUUGUACUUUUAUAAAAUAAAAAUCAAGAUUACUCAUUCAA